AUGACACAACUGAUCGAUAAAACCUUUGAGAAUACUUGGGGAGCCAUAUUGCAGGCCCAGGAUUAUGCGCAGGAAUCCAUCAGGUAUAUUCAAGAAAAAAGGUCGGAGUUCAACUCCGUCUUUGAAGACUCGGUCGAGUCCAUCAAGGACAUAACCCAUCAGGCCAACCUGAACAUCACAGUGGACAAAGCUCCAGUGCCCUCUGGGAACAUAAUGACCAACUUUCUUUAUAAACACAAAUGCAGUAUAUGGGGCGUUUGUGGUGUUGCCGCAACUUGUUUGCUCUGCUACAGUUAUUCCCAGAUGCCAAAUAAACGGGCACGAUCCAAAGCAGCCCGUCUUCCGAAUGGAGGUAGAUAUGAAGUUGUACUGAUUAUUGGUUCUCCAAGUAACAUCAACGUUCAGAAUCUGGCUCGAGAUCUGAACCAAAAAGGGUUUAUCAUCUACAUCACUAGCUUCAACGAAAAGGAUAUAAAUUCAAUUGAAUCAGAAGACUCUCAGGAUAUCAGAUGUCUCCCAGUCUUCAGCAGAUCAAACAAAGAAAUCAAGGACAGUGUGUUAGCGUUUAAACGUAUAUUGGACAGCAAUGUCAAUAUGUUUGACGACGCCUUGGAUUCCGCCUCCUCGCUGGACUCUGAGUCAGGAGUUCAUCUUUUGAACCUAAAGAGCAUCAUUGUUUUCAAUGACUACUCCAAUACGAUAUAUCCUCGGGGAGAUGUUCUUGAGGUGGAUAUGCAAGAAAUUGAUCGAAGCAUCCACCAACAUUGUAUUACCAGUUUGAGCCUACUCAAUAAUGGACUAUUGGAUCUUUUAAGAAUCAAUAAUGACAAACAAUUACAUUUACAACAGGUGAAUGGCUUAAAAAAUAGGAAGAAUGCAGCUUCGAGUUCAAUUUUCAGCAACUUCCUUAACGUUGAUCCUGAUUCUGCGAAAAGGAUCGGAGGGGAUUCGAAGCUGAUAUUUUUAGACGUUUUACCUGCAAACAAGUUCCCUCGUGUUAGUCCCAACAUGUCUUUAAGAUUGAUAAAGUCUAUAAACGAUCAGCUUUUUGAGUCGUUAUACUCUGAACUCAGUCAUCCGUCAUUCCUCAAAAGAUUAGGUUCAGCAGUUUAUCAUUGGUGGAAAAAAACUCCUCCUUAUUUCACCUCACAAAAGAUCAACAUCACGAAGCUCUCUGUUCGGAUCUUGGAUUCCUCUCUUUCAAGAAAUGAAGUUUUUAUUGAUAGAAGCAAGAACCUCUUAUCCAACAUUAAGCUUGAUAGAUGGUACCAAAAGCUAUUGAAGACGGUCUAUCCAGUCCUGAACCAUUUCGUUCAAUUGACGCACCAAUCUUCUGCAGAACUAAGUAGUUACCUGUUCACCAUCUUGUACUGCAACACUUAUUUGCCCAAGUGGACAUGA